AUGACUACAGACGCGCCCCUCACGACAGAGAACUUUAUCCUAAUUGACAUUUCGGAGAUCGGUAGACUGUUACGAUCACUGAAGCUUCGACCUAUAGGCAGAUUUGAAAAUAAGCCGGUAUUUGUCGACAGGAACAACACCAGAUAUCUGGUCGUAAUGAAGCCCAUGGAGAAGCAGAUUCAAGAACUCCAUGAAAAGUUAGCAAAUAACACAGAUAAUGGGCUAGUCUGUGUAACGGGGAUUUGCAUGGACACCGAUAGUGCUAAAAGUUACAUGGACAAAUUGGCAGCAAAGGUAGCGAUAUCAGUGUCACCUUCUGAGUUGUUGCCGUUCUCGCUAAUGGUAACCACUUUUAUAGCCGUGGCUGUCCUGGGCAUCAUAGGAAAUGUCUUGAUCAUUACGGGAGUGGGUUGUAGAAAAACCCUUCGGAACUCUACAAGCGUCUUCCUCUGUGGACUGGCAGUGUUCGACAUCUUUGUGCUAGCACUGGGUUUGCCAUUACAGGUGGUCAAAGUUUUCUUUGCGGUGCAAAGCAUCAACGCAGACGUAUGCAGAGCGUACGAGUUUAUGAGACACUUUUCCAUCAUCACCUCAACACUCACUAUGACAGUGAUGUCCAUUGAACGGUACAUCGCGAUCUGUCAUCCUCUGAAGGCUAAAUCAUAUUGUACCGUGAAGAAUGCUCGAAAUUGUACCGCUGGGAUAUGGGUCGUGUGCAUUGGCUGUUGUAUUCCUCUUGUAGUCGCAGACUACACGGGCAAGGGUGGAUGUGGUGCACCGUACCGGGAUCUGUCAAUGCUGAUCGUGUACCAUGUUGCUGUAUCUAUUGCCGUGUUUGGACUACCACUCAUGGUCAUGUUACCACUGUAUCUCAGGAUUUUCAUUGUGUUAUGGUUAAGUAGCCAAAAAGCCGAAGAAAUGAAGAGACAGGCCAACGUCAGUCACAUCACCACAUUUCUGAAUGUCUGCCGGCAGGUCAAGGCCAGCCACAUCACCACAUUUCUGUAUGUUACGGGCAGGCCAAGCCAGUCAGAUGCAACCAAUCCCAUGAAUAGCGACUCGAGUGUCAAUAUGCGUAAACAGACAAUUUCGGAAGUAUGUGCUGAGUCUGUGUCCGUGCUCACCACAUCGGCAAAAGGGAAACAAGACGGAGAGGUCACGUGGUAG